AUGAAGGAGGCUGUUCUGGAGAUGGGUGUGGCUGCGAAGGAGAAGAUCGAGGCAAUCCCCUGGGAGGGGAUCCAAGCGAAGGCCAAAGAGAUGGGGGUCUCUAUGAAGGAGGCGGCGAAGUCCUUCUGUUGGGAGGAGAUGACCAAGAAGGCCAGAGCUCUGGCGGCGGCCGUGAAGAAGAAGAUGGAUGAGGUGCCCUGGGACGAGAUUGCGGAGAAGGCGAAAGCCACCGGCGUGUCGAUGAAGGACGCUGCGGUUGAGAUGGGCCUUUCUAUCAAAGAGGCGGCAGAGGACAUUCCCUGGGACGAGAUUGCCAAGCAGGCCAAAGAGUACGGUGUCUCCAUGAAGGAGGCUGCUGGAAACAUCAAAUGGACUGACAUGGGCAACAAGUUGGAGAAGCUCGGGGACAAGCUGGGCGCGAUGGAGAAGGCGCAGGAAAAAUCAAGCUCCUGGCUCUGCUGUGAGACGGUGGACCGACAGCGGCCGACGCGGAUUUGA